AUGAACACAAAGCAGAACAUCGAGACCAACUUCACCAGCCGGGUGCAUCGUACGGCGUACCCGACGAUCGCGCUGUCGCGCCCCGCCCUCCGCCAGGACGGCAAGACCGUGCUGGUCACCGGGGGCGCGACGGGGAUCGGGUUCAGCAUCGCCAAGAGCUUUGUGCAGGCCGGGGCAGCCAAGGUGAUCCUUGUCGGGCGGCGCGCUGCCGUCCUCGAGACGGCCGUGGCGGCCCUAAAGCCCGAAGCUGCCGGCUGCGAGGUCCUCGCGAUGCCCUGCGACCAGGGAGACCACGCCGCCGUACGGGCGCUGUGGGCGGCGCUCCGCCGGGACGAAUGCACUAUCGACACGCUGGUGCUUAACGCUGUGGACUUCACUGAUGGGAAGCCCCUGCUGGAGCUGGGCGCUGAGUCUCUAUGGCACUCGUAUGAGGUCAACGUGCGCGGGCUGCUCGACAUGGUCGAGGGGCUGCAUCAGCAGCCUCAUCGUGGAAUGGUAAUCCUCCUAAAUGUCAUCCAUGUCUCCUCGCAGGCCCUAAACAUGCUAUACAAGUCGCAGCUGGCCCCUUCAGCUCUGUACCCUACAUACGGAUUGACCAAGAAUGCAGGCACGAUGCUGCUUCAGCAGAUCGCCAAGGACGUCUCCCCGGACGUGAUACAGAUCAUUAGCUUCCACCCAGGGCUUAUCCAUAAUGAUCAGUGGGCGAAGAUGGGGGUCAAGAAGACCGACCUCCCGUUUGACGAUGACUCUCUGCCCGGCUCCUUCGCCGUCUGGGCAACGACCGAAGAGGCGCGCUUCCUGCACGGCCGCUUCGUCUGGGCUUCCUGGGAUAUCGACGAGUACUCGCAAGGGGAGACCCGGCGCCUGCUGCAGACGGACGACUUCCUGCGCGUGGGGGUGGUUGGCUUGCGAGGAGCGUUUAAAGCUGACUGGAGUGCCAAGUGAUAUUAUAUAAACAUACUCCGGGUUAUCUCUGUUUGAAUGUCAAGGCGAGUGGGAUUGUGAGAUAAUAAUAGCGACCAAGUAUAUUGGUGAAUUCAAGUGGUAUUCAGUACUGCUUGUCAGAUAUAUAGCGG